AUGGGUGAAAGGGAAUGUUCACUUCUCCUUGUAAAACCUUUGCUUAGCCUUAAGAAGACCUUCUUUUACAAUUUAUUUCCAUCAAAAGAAGAAGAAGAAGCUUGCAAACUUAACAAUACUCCGUAUGUAGUGACUCGAGAGCUAAUUGAGAUACGGGAUAUAUAUCCUCCCCCCAAAAUCGAUCUGGAAAACCCAUGGCAGAUCAAGAUAAAGAUUACCAGUUAUGAGGUUGAGGCAGGAGCCCUGUUGAUUCCAUAUAUCGAGACGUUUGAGUACAUUCUUCGAUAUUGGACAUUGGACAUGGCCAAAAUUUUGGUGAACGGGUGCAGGGUGUGUGUUCAAGUGUGGGAUGUAACAACGGAUAAUGCUCCUAAGAAGUAUGAAGGUGAGCAUGUUUACUUAUGGAUGCUGUGCAACGAUGACUAUGCUCUUUCGUGCAUUGAAUUGUUCAACAAUAACAGAUUGGGCGUUGGUGAUGAAAUUGGGCUGUUUUGGGAUCCUAGAUCUUCAAAUUUUAUGUUCAAAUUACUUUAUAAUCAAAGAAUGCGGCUGAUUCAUUUUCUGCUUUUUGAACUUGUGAUUGGAAUAUCUGGAUUCUUGGCUACGAUAAUUGUCGAUUCUGUUCUAGCAUUAGUCAUUGUUGAUAGAAAUGGACAAAUUUUCAUCCGAAUGGAGAUGCUAAUCGUAAUGAAUGGUCAUUGCUCGUGGCUCUUAGCAAUGGGUGAAAAUGCCAAAGCUGAACUUAUUCAUCAUAGCUGGAGCAAACAGGCUCUUUCUUAA